AUGGCGGGCGAACUCCAUCUCGACAAUCUCGAAGAUGACCAUGUCAGACCACACAUCGUCGCGGUACGAUCUGACCAGAAUAAGGGUGUCCAACUGGACCUCGAGAGAACUCCUACGGCGGCGAUGAAGGAGCGUACAAGCGAGAAACAGGAUCUCUCACGUAUACAGUCGACCUUCUCGCAGCAUGACAUUCAGGGCAUCCCUAGUCACACCAGCUCCUACCAGGAAAUCGACGCCGCUCAAUAUGAACGUUUCAGCGAUCGACGGAAAGUCGUCAUCUCAUGUGUGUUGGCACUAUGUGGCUUCCUGGCUCCCAUCUCCUCAACCGCCAUCCUCGCCGCCAUCCCUGAAGUAGCAGCCACAUACAACACCACCGGCACCAUCAUCAACUUGUCGAACGCCCUUUAUCUCGUCUUCAUGGGCCUAUCGCCGUGUCUGUGGGGUCCGUUGUCCACCAUCUACGGGCGGCGGUGGAUAUGCAUCGUCACUGCAGCAUUGUUCUUUGCGUUCAGCAUCGGCACAGCUCUCGCUCCGAAUCUUGCCUCCUAUUUCAUCUUUCGCAUGCUCACCGCAUACCAAGGCACUUCGUUCCUCAUUGUCGGAACCUCAUGUCUGGGCGACAUCUACACGCCCACCGCCCGCGCUACCGCUCUUGGCUGGUUUCUGUCCGGAACUCUGGUAGGACCGGCGUUCGGCCCAUUUAUAGGCGGCAUCAUUGUCACGUUCCGCUCCUGGCGAGAUAUUUUUUGGCUGCAGUCAGGACUGGGCGGUCUGGCGACGAUACUGGUGAUCCUACUCCUACCAGAAACGAUUCCGGAGAAGAAAAUCGAUGAACUCCGUGAGUACUCUACUAAAGAGCGGACACUUCGGAUCCUUCAUUGGGUCUCGCCUCUCCGAGUCGCGUCGCUUCUAUUCUCCUAUCCGAACCUCAUUCUGGCUGGCUUGGCAUCCAGCUCUUUGGUCUGGAACAUGUAUUCCCUCCUCACGCCUAUCCGAUAUGUGCUCAACCCACGCUUUCAUCUUACAUCACCCAUCCAAUCGGGUCUCUUUUACAUCGCUCCCGGAUGCGGAUAUCUGCUCGGAACGUUCUUCGGCGGCCGCUGGGCCGACCAUAUCGUCAAGAAGUGGAUGCGGAAGAAGGGUCGUCGAGUGCCCGAGGAUAGGUUACGAUCAUGCUAUGCAUUUAUCGGCGGCGCCAUUCCAGCUUGCAUGCUGAUAUACGGAUGGUCGGUGGAGAAAAAAGUUGGUGGCAUCCCUUUGCCCGUCAUCGCCAUGUUCAUCCAAGGCGUCUCACAGCUUUUCUGCUUCCCGAGUCUGAACACUUACUGCCUGGAUGUGAUGCAGGCUAAAGGCCGGUCCGCCGAAGUCGUGGCGGGCAACUACAUGAUCCGCUAUUUGUUCGCUGCCGCAGGAAGCGCAGUCUGUCUUCCAGCCAUUGAAUCCAUUGGCGUCGGUUGGUUUUGUGUUAUUUCUGCAGGCUUUCUGAUCGUCUCCGCGGUGGCUGUAUGGGCUACGACCGUGUGGGGCGAGGGAUGGAGACAUGCUGUUGACAGCCGCAAGAGAGAGAAACGCAAGGCGAAAGCUAGUGAGGAAGAAAAGAAGAAUGGUGGAAAAGAAGGCGUUUGA